CUCUUUUUAUCCUCUUCUUCAAUUCUUUCAACCUGUGUCAAUUCUUCUUAAUUUCUCCAUGAAUUCAGAGAUGCUUUUGAUGAAUCUGAGUGAAGACUGGUACCCGAUUGCGGAUUCAUUUAGGUUUGUUGUUGUUUUUUUUUUUUUUCUGUUCUUGGUUUUUACAAUGUUGCGUUUAUAGUGUUUGCUAUUGCUUAAUCUAGCUCAUGAAUCAUGAGUCCAAAAUUUGAUCGAGGCUAGUCUAAAAUUCUGCUGAAUUGGUUUUGCUUCGUGAAUCUUUGUUGUUUGUUUUUCUAUGUGCAAUUUUGAGUUAUGACUUAACAACGGCUGCUUCCAUCGUCUAACAUUGAUUUUGUUUGUGUGUGUGUGCAUGUCUGUGUUGAGUUUAUUGUCAAUGCUGGAACCAACAACGCCGCACAUCUCUCAACACCAAAAGGUUGAUGAUGACACCGAGAGAACCUUACUCGGUGAUGAUGAUAAUAAGGAGGCUUUAUCUUCUGUUUUCUAUCGCAUUGAACGGAAUCUGAGGCAAUCUCUUAGGCCAACAUAUGAAGUUCUAUUUGAGAGGUUGAAUACGAAUCCAGGAGGGUUGAGAUUUUUGUCUAUCCUCCGUGCUGAACUUCUAUCGAUACUCACAAUAGAGAACAUGUCAUCUCUGCGAACGCUAGAUUCCUUUUUGAAGGAGAAACUUGGUAUGUGGCUUAGUCCUGCUUGUUUAGAGCUUCAUCAAAUUACUUGGCUUAGUCCUGCUUCUUUAGAGCUUCAUCAAAUUAUGUGGCUUAGUCCUGCUUCUUUAGAGCUUCACCGAAGUUGCUCUUAUGGAAACUGUUGCUCAAACAAUUCAGGUCAAACUAAUCUCCACGACUCCACCCUAUACUGAAUAGUUUAGAUUUUUGGCUAUGUGUCUAAAAAACUACUUAUACUAUAGCAGGAAGUUUCCCAAUUCAGUCCGUGGUGUUGAUUAUCUAAUCGUUUUCCCAAUCGUUUUCAGCUCAAUGAGGGUUUUGACACAUCCUCGUUGAAACAACCCG